AUGGUAUCUUUCAGACUCUCUUAUCAAUGGCUUCUUCUUUUCUCUUUCCUACUCUUCUCCACCUCCAUAUCUGCAAGAAAACUUUCAGAGGACCCAAACACCGAUGUUUCAGAUGACUUCAGAACUUUUUUUUAUACCCAAACACUUGAUCAUUUCAACUACAGACCGGAAAGUUACACCACUUUUAAACAAAGAUAUGUGAUCAAUUCCAAAUACUGGGGUGGUGCCAAUGAAAGUGCACCAAUCUUUGUUUAUUUGGGUUCAGAAGCGCCUCUAGAUAGAGAUCUUAAUAGUAUUGGUUUUCUCACAGACAACGCUGCUCAUUUCAAAGCUCUCCUUGUCUAUAUUGAGCAUCGGUUCUAUGGGAAAUCAAACCCAUUAGGGUCAAUAGACAAGGCAAUAGAAAAUGAGGAAAUGCGAGGAUAUUUUAACUCGGCUCAGGCUCUAGCAGAUUAUGCUGAAGUGCUGUUAUAUCUCAAGAAAAAAUUGCAUGCUCAGAAUUCUCCCGUCAUCGUGGUCGGUGGAUCUUAUGGUGGAAUGUUGGCUGCAUGGUUUCGGCUAAAGUAUCCACACAUCACUCUUGGUGCUCUUGCAUCUUCGGCUCCUAUUCUCUACUUCAAUGAUAUCACUCCACAGAAUGGGUUCUAUUCAGUUGUCACCAAGGAUUUCAAGGAUGCGAGUGAGAGUUGUUACGAAACAAUACAAAAAUCAUGGUCCGAAAUUGAUAAAGUUGCUUCUAAGCCCAAUGGCCUCUCAAAUCUCAGGCAGAGAUUCAAGACUUGCUCGACCUUAAAGGAUUCUUCUGAGCUCAAGGCCUACCUAGAUUCAAUAUACUCUCAAGCAGCUCAAUAUAAUGCGCCACCAAGAUAUCCAGUCACAGGAAUCUGCCGUGGCAUUGACGGAGAAUCAGAAGGAACUGACAUUCUUGGCCGGAUAUUCGCCGGCGUUGUUGCUAAUAAAGGGGAGAGGUCAUGUUAUGACAUAAAUGAAUACAAGUAUCCUAGUGAAACCAAGAUGGGGUGGGCUUGGCAGCAAUGCAGUGAAAUGAUGAUGCCCAUUGGUCGUGGGGUCGACGAUACUAUGUUCCCGCCAGAACCUUUCAAUUCAAACAGUUUCAUCGAGGAUUGCAAGAGCAUGUUUGGUGUCGUACCUCGACCUCAUUGGGUUUCAACCUAUUAUGGAGGCCAAGAUAUAAAAUUGGUUCUCAAAAGAUUUGCCAGCAACAUAAUUUUCUCCAAUGGAUUGAAAGAUCCUUAUAGUAGUGGAGGGGUUUUGGAGGAUAUAUCGGAUAGUAUACUUUCCGUUCAAACCGUUGAUGGAUCCCAUUGCUUGGAUAUACUUAAAGCAAGGGAAAUUGAUCCCCACUGUCUUUUGGGUCUUGAAAGUUUUGAGUUUCUUCCCAUUUGGAAGCUCUACACAAUGGCCGGCACUGGACCUGAUGAAUUCUAA